GAAACUUCACUGCGAGGAACAUCAGGAAGAACUGAAGCUGUUUUGUGAAACUGACAAGAAACUGAUCUGCCUGAUUUGCAGAGAUGCGCGGGAACACAAGUCUCAUAACUUUAUGCCGAUUAAAGAAGCUGUUGAAAUCUACAAGAAUGAGAUGAAAUCUUCCCUCACAGCGCUCGCCCAGAGGAAAUCAGCGAUUCUCAAACUGGAACAGCAACAGGGAGCAGAAGAUUUCUGAGAUUCGGGAUCAGUCACGCAGUCUGGAGUCCCACAUCUCAUCCGAGUUCACGAAAAUACAUCAGAGUCUCACUGAGAAAGAGCAGCGUUUAAUCAGAGAUCUUAGAAAACAAGAGGAAAGAGCUGUGGAUCUAAUGGAGAGAAAUCUUCGGGAGAUUCAGAAGAAUUUAACUUCCAUUGAGGAGGAACACUCAAUGUUGCAGAAACAGAUGGAGCAGAGAGAUGGAGUGAUAUUUCUGAAGGAAGAAUGCUGUCAGAAGAGGAGGGUUGGAGAUGACCAGACACUUACAGUUCAGGAUGAGGAUCUAACGAUGGAAGAAUGUGCUGGGCCUUUACCUUUCCCAGUGUGGCAGGAAAUGUUCGAUGACAUUCAUCCUGUCUCUGUGACCCUGGAUGUGGAAACGGCGAAUCAGCGGCUUGAGGUGUCUGAGGAUCGGAAGAGUGUCAGACGGAUCCGGACCCGGAGGGACCUCCCCGACACCGGGAAGAGGUUCACAGUUGGGGUUAGUGUGCUGGGAUCGGAGGGAUUCACAUCGGGGAGACAUUACUGGGAAGUGGAGGUGGCGGGGAAUCGUCGCUGGAGUCUGGGAGUUGCUGUGGAGUCUGUGGAGAGGAAGAAGUGGGUCGCACUGAAACCAGCGACUGGAGUCUGGACCAUUGGGCGGGGUGGUGAUAGGCUUUUUGUAAAUGGCUCCUCUGAAUCCCGCCUCCCUGCUGGUCCCAUCCCCGGGAGGGUGGGAGUUUAUCUCAGUUAUGAGUCCGGGAGAAUUUCAUUUUACAGCGCAGACACCAAGUCCCAUCUCCACACCUUCACUGGAAAUAAUUUCACGGGGAAACUUUAUCCUUUCUUCUGGACUUGGGAUGAAAACAAGUGGCUGAGAAUCUGCUCCGGUUCUGCUCCGGAUCUGCAGAGGGUUGGGUCCCAGGACUGGCGUCAGGAGCGGGGCUCAGGGGCUGUGGGGCAGAAACCCCAUUGACAACAGGUUGGCACUGAACAGGUCCCAUUUAGUCCCCAAGUUCAGCAUUGUAAAAACCCCAGUGAGUCUGGAAAUAAAUCCAGUCGAAAUUUAAAUGGCUGAAGUGCAAAUAAAAAGGAAUUGAUAUUCCAACUGUCACUCUAUUAGUCUUAUCGCGUUAACUGCAUCCAUCAGCGAAACAGA